AUGGUACUUUUGGUCAGGCGUCAAAUCAAGAAACUACUGCUUCUCUCAUUUGCUAUUUUUUUAUUUAAUCGCAUUCUGCGAUCAGCAAAUGAAAGCGAUGUUAAAAUGUACGUAAUCGGGGCUUAUUUAUUAUCAGCAAACGUAGUAAAGAUAACAAUGAUUCGUAAAUGUAGCCCUCCUGCACCUCUGCAACUGCUCCUUGAAGUGAACCAAAGCAAAAAAUUAACGAUUCCACUGUUGCAGCAUUCAGUUGUCAAAUGCCCAUGGUUUUUUGCUGCAAAAUGCGACUUUGUUGGUUACUUUGCGCUAACAUCAGGAAAUAAGGAGAUGGAGGAGCUGAUUUCUCGAAAUAAUAAAGGAUUACCGCAGGCGUUUUUAUUACGAACCGACAAGCCCUUGCCACAAGUACCAGUACCAGUCAAACUACAUGAUGCUCGUGUGCUCCCGGAUGGGCCGAGAAAACAUAAACUGGCCGUAUGCUUACAGCCAGUUUACCUCUUGGCUGAUUGGACGUUGCUUGUGCAAUUUUUUGAAGUAAGCGAAUCACCCCUCUCAUUGAUUUUUGUUGGAAAGGAUAAUAAGGCUAAAGGGGGUUUCUUGAAAAAAUGA